CCCUACUUGGGGUUCUGGAACGAUGGCUGUGAUCAUGAGGUUCAUCUUUUGGAUCAGACGAGUUUGGCAGAGAAUGACCUGUUGGGUUCUUCAGUGGAGACGCAGAGCCAAGCUAAUCAUCUUGGAACCCACUGACUCCAAGAAACAAGAAAUCAAGGGGGUGGAGGAGACUACGGAGUUGGACACUGUCAAGUUGAUCGAACCCCCCAAAGAGGCUAAGGUCACCACUCUGGAAGAGCACCCUGAGGUGGCUGAGGCCUACGUGCUGGCGAAAACCGUGGACGAAACCGUGGACGAAACCGUGGACGAGACUGAGCUGGAGCUGGGCCCUGAGCCUCGCUCCCUGCUACGACUGCCCCAGACAGCUGUCCAGUCGGUCUCCACACUCAUGUUAUCCGCCCUGCAGAGUGGCUGGCAGAUGUGCAGGUGGAAGUCAUCUGUGAGUUCGACCUCAGUGACCUCCCAGCUAAGGAGACAGUCCCCCCUGGAGACCCCAGAGGCUGAGAUGCUGCGGGAAGUGUACCUGGUGCUCUGGGCCAUUCGGAAACAACUGCGGCAGCUGGCCCGCAGGCAGGAGAGACACAGACGGCAUCACAUCAGGACCCACAGUUCUUCCCAGCUUGAAUCAGUGCAGGGCCUAAAGCAGGAUGCCCGAAGUCCCCUCUAG